AUGAUCUACAACGGAAGCUGUCACUGCGGAACAGUCAAGAUCCAGCUUGAGGCCGAGUCUGUAACCAAGGCUAUCUGCCACUGCUUGGAUUGUCAGAAGCGAACUGCCAGUGCUUUCUCUGUCAACGUCAUUGCUCCUAGAGAACACUUCAAGGUCACUCAGGGCAAUUUCAUUCUCCCAGGCAAGACCAAGACCUGGUCUUACACCUCGGACUCAGGCAAGGAUUACAUUGUCAACUUCUGCGGUGACUGCGGAAGUACUCUCUUCGGCGAGCCUACUAGACUUCCUGAUGUCGUGUCCAUCAAGGCUGGCUGCUUGGACAACAGUGGAACAAACCUUGGCUCCAUGGACGCCGAAGUGUUUGUUGAGCGUCGCGUGGAUUACCUCAAGCCAUUCGAGGGCAUGAAGCAGAUUGUUGGUAUGAUCUGA